AUGACGGUCGACAGCGUCGAGGACGUGGCCGUUGCUGGCUCGAUCACCGCGCAAGAGACGCUGGCUGCCCAGAUAUCCUCGCUCAAAAUAGCGCAGGGCACGCAGCAGGUCGAGCUGCCCCCCCAUCGGUCGCACGAUCCGCAGUACAACCAGAAGAGGAGCGACCCGUUUCAGUUCGGAUCCCGCUACCUCGGGCAGGAGGACGACCCCUUCGAGUUCAAUGCCUGGGACCACGUUGAAACUGACGACACAUACAAAGAGUAUGCGGAGCAGCAAUACGCCAUGCAGCGUCAGGCACCCGUGUCCGACUUUGAUAAAAACCCAGCCAAGUGGUGGAACUUGUUUUACAAGAACAACACGGCCAACUUCUUCAAGGAUCGCAAGUGGCUCCAACAAGAGUUUCCGAUUUUGGAUAAAGUGACCCGCGAGGACGCCGGACCCAUGACAGUCCUAGAGAUAGGGAGCUGCUUGCACGCUUGCGACUUCUCCAAGAAGGCGGUUGAGGUCAUGCCGCAACCCAUGAAUCUUACGAUACCGCGGUGGAUGCAGGCCGACGUUUGGGACGUUGCUGGCGCCGAACUGCCACCGGGCCUCGAAGAAGGAUCCGUAGACGUGGCUAUCAUGGUUUUUAUCUUCUCUGCACUUUCCCCAUUGCAGUGGAAGAAGGCGGUAGAAAAUGUCUACCGUGUGCUCAAGCCGGGCGGCGAGGUCUGCUUCCGCGACUAUGGGAGAGGUGACCUUGCCCAGGUGCGGUUCAAGAAGGGGCGUUAUCUGGAGGAGAACUUCUACAUCCGGGGAGACGGUACCCGCGUCUAUUUCUUCGAGAAGGAUGAGCUGGAAGAGAUUUGGUGCGGGAAGCUUAGCGAGCCGGCCGAGGGUGAGGAAACCCAAAGUCUGCAGCCAAGCUUCGAGAUCGAGGAGCUUGGCUUUGAUCGUAGACUGCUUGUUAACCGUGCCAAGAAACUUAAGAUGUAUCGGUGCUGGAUCCAGGGCCGAUUCAGAAAGAAAUAA